AUGAGGGAGCGCCCGAGUCAAGAACUCUUCAGCGCGAUAUUAGAAAGGGUUGCAGAAAAGAGCAAUGACUGGGAAUCGAAUCUCAGGGACAUUGUGAAAAAGGUGGCCUCGGGCAUUGGGGGCCUUGCAAGUGCUGUCUUCGUCGGCACGAAUGCGGACAAAGUGGCAGCGGCUUCCUCAACACCAAUUUCUGCAGCGAUUACAGCCCUGAUUGAGAGGUUAUCAAGCAGCGACAAGGAGAAGACUCUGUCAGCGCUCAUAAGCGGCUUGAAAGGCAACGCGACCUGCAUUGUCGUGGAUGAGGCAAACCAAGCCCCACCAGUGACUACUGACUCUGAGUCGGCACAAAGAGCAUUGCAAUACUUCGUGAUGCUCACCAAGGAGAGCGGCCUUGCAAGCGUUGUGCUCAUCAGUUCAGAGCUGGGUUAUCCUUACCGACUUCAAGCUUGUGGCUUGAACUUGCUGGAUAUCAAAAACAUUAUCAUCGCCAACGAGGUGCCCAAGAAGGACAUGUUGGAGCUCAUGGUGAAGCGAUGGAACAUGAGCGACGAGCUUGCAGAGCAAUUCUUCCGCUAUUCUGGUGGAAACAUCGACCUUUGCUGCCUAGGAGUGCAGCAAUUGCGAACAUUUGGGGCUGAGUUUGACCCUUUUGUUUUGCUGAAAUGCCCCGGCUUGCCCACUUGCGCUGCCGACCCUGAUGCAAAGAAGCACCUCCAAAACUUGGCCAAGCAGGGCUGGUCUCCCGUCUAUGAGAUCGAAGCAGACAUGGGUGCGAAGCUCAUCGCCGAGAAGAAUGUGGGUGGCAUCGUUCCACAAGAUGCAAAAGCCUUCGACCUUCCUGAAGGCGUUUGGGAGGGCGAGCAUGAAACUGCACUCGUGCCAUCAGGGACAUUGAUGAGGUGGAAAAUUGCCAAAGAGCUGGAGCGCGUCGACAGGAUGGGCGCAAGAAACAGGGGCACUAUGUCAACACCUUCUUCUGUUUGGGUGAGACAACUACGCGAG